AUGGUGAGUUUUUUUGGAAAGGAUCCUGAUGAAGCUUUUGAAGAUUUCAAUUUUUUGGCUGAGAAUGCCCAGUCAUGGGAUGUUUAUGAUGUUGGAGACAGAUUUGAAAAUGUACGGGGUACAUUUGGGAGUGGAAAAUAUCAACUCAAAGAAGUUGAUGACUUGCAUGCUAGGAUAGCUCAGGUUUCAAAGAAACUAGAAUCUAUCAAACUGAAAAAGGUUAAUCAAAUGCAUGUGUUGCCCCCAAAUGCUGAUAAAUGUGGAAUUUGUGAGGACCAAGGACAUAGCACUCAUGCAUGUCCUACCAUACCUGCUUUUAAGGAAAUAUUGUUAGAUCAACCUAAUGCUGUGAACAGGAUUGCUAAGAAUUAUUCAGGGCCAUUUCCUAACACUUAUAAUGCAGGCUGGAAGAAACAUCCCAAUCUCAGUUGGAAAAUUGACCAGCAAGCUUCUUCCUCCACAGCACCCAACAUGCCCUAUUUCAUGCAAAGCCAAGCGACCAUAAAUAACCAGAAUUCCCAAGCCAUAAAUGACAUAAGAGGGACACUCACUAAAGUGACCACCACUUUGAGUGCCCAGGAAAAAGGAAAGGUUCCAAUCCAACCUCAACCUAACCCACAAAUUCAGCAACCUCAAGUAGAAGGGCUUAAUGUGAAGGCUAUGAAAGCCAUCACAACUUUAAGAAGUGGUAGGAUUGUGCAUAAGCCUGAACAUAUCAUUGGAAACUCAGGUAAAGAAUCUGACUCAAAACAAGAUGGUGAAUUACAUGUUGAAAAUUUCGAGAGUUCUGAAACCAUACCUGCUCCAUUUCCUCAAAGGCUGAUUUCUGUGCAUAAAGAAAAACAAAACUCUGAAAUUUUGGAAAUUUUCAAGCAAGUCAGAAUAAACAUUCCACUUCUAGAUGCCAUCAAACAAAUCCCUGCUUAUGCAAAAUUUUUGAAGGAUUUAAUUGGCCAGGCUUUGCUUGAUUUAGGAUCAGGGGUAAAUCUAUUACCUUAUAGUGUGUAUGAACAGCUGGGAUUGGGUGAAUUAAAACCAACUUCUAUCAUACUACAGCUGGCUGAUAGGUCCAUUAAAAUGCCUAGGGGAGUGGUGGAAGAUGUAUUAGUACAAGUUGAUAGAUUUUAUUAUCCUGUAGAUUUUGUGGUGCUGGAUAUGAAACUAACUACUUCAACUAAUGUCUCUUCUGCUCCAGUGAUCUUAGGGAGACCUUUCUUAGCAACCUCUAAUGCUAUUAUGAAUUGUAGAAGUGGGGUUUUAAAAUUGAGUUUUGGCAACAUGACUUUAGAGCUUAACAUUUUCAAUUUAUGCAGGCAACCUCAAGAACCAGAAGAAGUGUAG